AUGGUGGGUGGGAAGAACAUUGCUCCGGUGCCCAUUGAGGAUGCAUGCCAGGUGGAUCUGGAGUCAGGGGUGUCCCUGGAUGAGCUGAGCCCCAAGGCCAUGUGGUUCUGCCGAGAGCUGGGCAGCCAGGCCACACAGAUGGUGGAGGUGCUGAGUACCCGGGACCUGGCGGUGUACCAGACCAUCCAGCAGGGUGUGCAGUGGGUGAACCAGCGCACCCUGUCCCACACCCACCGUGUGCAGAAGUGGGCCCUGCUGCCCAGGGACUUCUCCAUUGCCAGUGGGGAGCGCCGCUGCCCGGGCACAGCCCAGUGGAGCCGGGGGCAGAGCCGGCCGCAGCCGCAGCCGGACCCGCAGCAGGUGCAGGUGCAGCCGAGGCGGCCGGAGACAGGGAGCGGCGAGCCGGAGCGUGGGACCUGGGCUGAGGAGCGGGCUGUGCCGGGCAUGGCUCAAUUGGUCACCGUGCCCCCCAGCACCCAGCCGGUGCCCCCCAGUAGUGAGCCAGAGGGAGCUGCGCAGCCGCUGACCAUCACCAGCGCCGACGGCCUGGGCACGGCUGGACCUGGCCGCGCGCUGGCACCUGGGGGCCAGCCUGGGAUGGCCGUGCAGGAGCCAGAUGCAGGGAGCGGGCGCCCGUCAGCCCAAGCAGAAGAGCCCCCCCCGAACCUGCUGCCUGCCCAGGCCUAUUGCUGGGGGUCGCCCCAGUGCCGGGGGGAGAGCGACCAAGUGGCCCCGGCCCCACCUCCAGGCAUCCUGAUGUCAGUCGCAGGUGCCCACGACCGCCCUGCCCUCUUGCCCGCAGGGGGCUGCAGCGGUCCCGUGGCGCCGGCAGAGACCCUGUUCACCACACGUGCGGACGGGGCGGUGCGGCUGCGCCUGGACCCCGAGGGCCCCGGGGCCUUGCCCCCCAUCACCGUGCACCAGCUGUUCCAGGAGGCGGUGAAGCGCCACGGGGACCGGCCCGCCCUGGCCUACAAGCGGGGGCAGACGUGGGAGAGCCUCAGCUACCGGCAGUACCAGCAGCAGUGCCGGGCCGCCGCCAAGGGCUUCCUGAAGCUGGGCCUGGAGCGCUUCCACGGCGUCGCGAUCCUGGGCUCCAACAGCCCCGAGUGGGUCAUCGCUGACAUUGGAGCCAUCAUGGCUGGGGGCCUGGCAGUCGGGAUCUACAGCACCAGCUCCCCCGAGGCCUGCGGCUAUGUCGCCGCCAACUGCGCAGCCAACGUGGUGGUGGUGGAGGACAAUGCGCAGCUCAGCAAGAUCCUGCAGGUGCAGAAGCAGCUGUCCCACCUCAAGGCCAUCGUCCAGUACCGUGACCCGCUGGAGGAGAAGAGACCCAACGUGUACACGUGGGAGGAGUUCAUGGAGCUCGGGAGGACCGUGCCGGACUCGCAGCUGGACUCCAUCAUCUGCUCCCAGUGCGUGAACCACUGCUGCACCCUGAUCUACACCUCGGGCACCACGGGCACACCCAAGGGCGUCAUGCUCAGCCACGACAACGUGAUGUGGGAGGCCAAGAUGCUGAAGGAGGUGCUGGGGCUCCAGGUUCAUGAGGUCUUUGUCAGCUACCUGCCCCUGAGCCACGUCGCUGCACAGCUCUUCGACCUCUGGCUGCCCAUGUGCGUGGGGGGUACCACCUUCUUCGCCCAGCCCAACGCCCUGAAGGGCUCCCUGCUCCUCACCCUGAAGGAGGUGCGCCCUACGUUCCUGUUUGCUGUGCCCCGCGUGUGGGAGAAGAUGGAGGAGAAGCUCAAAGCCACCUUCAGCCAGUCGUCCCUGGUCAAGAGGAAGCUGGUGGAGUGGGCACGGGGCAUCGGGCUGCAGGCCAGCUACAGCCGCCUGGACGGGGAUGGCUCUGUGCCCUGGGGCUUUGCCUUGGCCGAGCGCCUGGUGUUCAGGAAGGUGCGUGAGGAGCUGGGGCUGCAGCGCUGCACCCUGCUGAUGACCGGGGCAGCGCCCAUCUCCAAGGACACGCUGGAGUUCUUCAUGAGCCUCCACCUGCCACUCCUUGAUAUGUUUGGCUUGAGCGAGACCAAUGGGCCCUACAGCACCUGCACACCCCAGUCUUGUCGCAUCCUCAGCUGCGGGAAGGAGCUGCCAGGAUGCAGGUCCCGAAUUGAGGAGCCAGAUGCAGAGGGCACCGGUGAACUGUGCUGCUGGGGCCGCCAUGUCUUCAUGGGCUACCUGGGCAUGGAGGCCUUGACACGGGAGGCGCUGGACGAGGAGGGCUGGCUACACACGGGGGACCUUGUGCGCCGUGACCCCGACGGCUUCCUCUACAUCAUGGGCAGGAUCAAGGAGCUGGUGAUCACAGUGGGUGGGAAGAACAUCGCCCCGGUGCCCAUCGAGGAUGCAGUGAAGAGGGAGGUGCCGAUCGUCAGCAACGCGGUGCUGGUCGGUGACUGCAGGAGGUUCCUGGCCAUGCUGCUCACUCUGAAGUGCAAGGUGGAUCCGGAGUCGGGGGCACCCCUGGACGAGCUGAGCCCCGAGGCUGUGCAGUUCUGCCAGGAGGUGGGCAGCCGGGCCACACGGGUGUCGGAGGUGCUGAGCACGCGGGACCCGGCUGUGUACCAAGCUAUCCAGUUGGGUGUGGAGAGGGUGAACCAGCAUGCCCCGUCCCAUGCUCACUACAUACAGAAGUGGGCCCUGCUGCCCAGGGACUUCUCCAUCAUCGGUGGGGAGCUGGGUCCCACGGCCAAGGUGAAGCGACAAGCGGUGCUGAGCACCUACAAGGAUGUGAUUGGCGGCUGCUACCAGGACUAGUGCCCACACCCAUGGUCUGCCCCCUGCCAGAGGUCCAGGCCUGGCGCCACUCUACCCUGGGGAGACCUGUGCCUGGCCUGGCCCGGCCCUUCCUCUUGGUGAGAGCAGGGACAAUAAACCCUGGGGAGAAGCAGUGCUGUAGUCUGGGCUU